AGAAGACCAUGGGUAACGUAAUGCUGAGCCCGACGAGAUAAUGUCGAUUAAUUUGGUUUGGGACGAAUAUAAUUUACCAAGAAUUAACGAAUUACAUUAUAACUGUUAUUAUAUUAUAUUACUCUUGUCAAGCGGCCAGUUGGAUAGAAACCCGAAGCUGUCCGACUCUUUAUAUAUGCUGUGAAGAAGAAGAAGUGAAUCUGUGUGCCUACUUCCAUAAUGAGCCGGGACCAUCCUAUCCACAGCUGGCCCGGCUCCUAUUACAUAAACAGUGAGAAACGAUGGGAAAAUGGCACCCUCUCCCUCACCAGGACCAUUGUGCGCUUCGUCUCCAACCAGAGUAAAGAGAGUCUUAUUAGCUUCCGCCUCUCCCGUAUCAUGGAGAUCAAGAUGGAGUCGUCCAGCUUCAUUUUCAGCACUCUCACCGUUCUUGAAGAGGGCAACGUGAAACACUGGUUUGGUUCCCUGAAGCCCAACAGAGUGGUGGUAUAUAAUGUGUUGGAACAUUUCUGGAGGGAACGCCUGCUGUCCCCCAGCUCAGAGGCCCACGGUGCUGAGUCUCAGCCUUCUAAAGGCAGAGAGCUGAUCAGCCUGAUGGCAGGAGCCCAGAGACGACUGGAGGACACCGGCAGAGUCCUCAGCCACCAAGGAGAGCAGUUUGAUAAUAUGAUGCAGGGACUUGAGAAUAUUGACUCUGACCUGGGCGUGGCUGAUAAACUUUUGUCACAGCUGGAGUGUCCCCCCUGGUGGCCUUUUGGUAAACUCCCCUGGAGGACCCAUCAAGAAGCCAAGGCUGAAGAUGCUGCAAGAGCUGCAGCAUCUGCUUCUGCUGCUGCUUCAGCUGGCAGGGAGUCUGUUAGAAAUAAGGUGAUUGCAAGUAUCCCUGCUGUCAUGUCGAAAGGGGAAGACUCUGACUUGAAACCAGGAUGCUUGGUAGUGCUGGUGUCCUCACUGGAGGUGCGGGACAGAAAUUGCCAGCUCCUUCAUCGCUUUGAACGAAAUGAGAUAGACGAAAUCAGGGUCAAGAGUCCUUAUGAAAUUGCUGUCAGACAGCGCUUUAUUGGGAAGCCAGACAUAUGCUACAGAUUCCUGUCUGCCAAGAUGCCAGAAGCAUUGUCACUGUUGGGGAUGCAAUAUAAAAAGAAGAUGGAGUUUACAAGGGAAUACAUUGCUUUCAAGGGAACUCCAGCUUCAUCUCCAUGUGACAGAGAAGGGACUAACUGGGAUGAAGGUUUGUCACAGAGGUGCCAAGAGACAGAGCUCCCACUGGAGGUCCCAGCAGGAGAGCUGUCCCAGCUGCACGUGCAUGUCCUCCAACCAUCUGUCAGUCAGGCUGAGGCCCAGGAACUUAAACAGAUGCUGAUGCAGCUGAAGAACCUUGCCCUGGAGGCAGAGACAGAGCUGGAACGGCAGGAUGAAGUCCUGGACGUCCUGACCAGCUCCACUGACAGAGCCACCAUGCACAUAGAGAAGCACACCUGCCGUAUGAAAAGACUGCUAUAGAUCUGACAGGCCAGCUGAUGCAUUUGGUCAAUAUGUCCCUACUGGGAAAUGCUCUAUUGCAUUUUGAGAACACUGGGAAACAGCAGUCAGGAUUUAUAUAUGCUCAAAAGUAGUUUAGAUUAAUUUAUUUUUUUGGCAUUGCAUGAGAUGGCACACUUAAAACAGAUAAACACUAAAAUCCUUAAAAUUUGCUCAUCUGUUUUAACUAUUUUUAGUAGGAUUAUGAAUUUAAAAAUAAUAAGGAGGUAAGCAUUUCUUAAUGCUUUUUCUUUGUUUGUUUAAAAAAAAAAGAAGUGUUUAGUGAUUAAUGGGAUUCUUUCUCGAUGUCAUAAGUUAAUCCUUUUGUUCAAACCCUGUUUUGUUGUUUAUCAUGUUGUGGAAUUGAAUUCAAACAUGUGUGACUGCGAAAAAUCAGGCAUUCUAAUGAAAGGUGUGUCUGUGAUCUGCACUUUGAAUGUGUGGCCUGCAGCCCUUGGCAGCAGUGUCUACCAUUGUUAUUGUAAAAUUUUGUUUGGAUGCUGUCAGCUUAACAACUGACAUCUUGAAAGCACAUUUUUCCUUAUUUUCUUACUUUAAGGGAAUUCAAUAUCAAAACAACAUCCUGUAUUUAAUCACAUCUUGAAUCAUUGUUUUCUGGAGAGGUCAGUGUGGGCCAAAUAUUUCCAGUAGGUGUUAGUUCUGUAAUGCUAAUACGAACCUGAUUGCCAUUGAGGAGAAAUAACUCAGCCAUUGAUGGAAGUAGUACUAAUGGCCUAAUGGCCUACUUACUUACUCUUACUGACAAUAAUUGUGGUGGAAAGACAGUGAGGGAUCCAUAUUGGUGCAUUAUUGACUGCCUUUGGUUGAUCAUGGCACCUGUAUUUGAUCCGGGGCAAUAGCAUGAAUUCACAGUGCAUGAGAGGACAUACAACAGAGUACACCAUUUACAGACCGAGGCGGAAACAUUAAUUGCAACGUCAAUUAAGAGUAAAACGGACAUUAGAAAGCAAAAAAAGAAGACAUAAAUAUAACUGCAACUAAUUCAAAAGAAACUGCAUGCUUUUUAAUAGGUGUGAUAUACAAGACUGACAAAACAGACAGUGAACAGUAAAAAAAGAAUCAAAUUAUUGUCAAAGAAAGUGAUCCAUAGGCACAUACCUCCACAUGCCACUUUGAACACAUUGAAUGCCCUAUAUUACAAUGUCAAACGAUACAAAGAAGGUUUCUGUGUCCACACUGCAUUUGGUCAUCUCUAAAAUCAUAGGUUUGUCCUUGUGUCAUGUCCUGCCCCUCCACAAAAAGGUUUUGUAGUUUUUGAGGAAUCCUGCUGGAGGUAAUAAUGGGCCAACCUAAUAUGUGCACAAAGGAGUCAGUGAUAGAUUACCAUCUUUACUUGCUAAGAAUAUUCCUGUCCUGAUGAUUUGACCCUCCUAGGUGUGAUGGGGCCACUUAUUCCUCAGACAUACAUUUAACACAUUGUCGUAGUGUUGCAUGUCUCAAUAUUACUGCUUUGUACUGUAUUGAUUGGAAAUGUCCUCUUCUUAUUAUAAACACAUGGGCCUUUUGCAGAAAGCAGAAAGCUUUCCUCUCUGUGUGUUCUUUUUUUAAAUAUACAUACUUUUAAACAUGCUAAUAUCUACUGUAUAUGACUUGCUUAAGACUGACGCUAUUCUGCAGCUAUUCGCUAUCUGUAUUUUCUGUAAAGAGCUGAUAUACUGUAACACUGUAAUUUCACUGUGGCGUGUUAUCACUGUAAAUUUGUUUGCGGUUAUAUUGUAUAUUAUAUAUUUAUUUAACCUUUAUUCUGUUUGAAAAAAAAAUUGUAUUUUUACUGUUUAGAGAUGCUUCUUUCUGCUGAUUAUACAAAUUAAUUUUAA